CUAGGCUGGGGCGGGCGCUUUCAGCACCGCGGCGCUGGACAGCGCCCGGCGGGCGGCGGGCGAGGAGCGCGGCUCCGCCGCCGCGCGGCAAGGUCAGUCCGCGCGGAGCCGCGCACCGCGCAGCCUCCGCGGCCAGCGCCGCGCUCCCGCCCGCGCCUCCCUAACAUGCAGCGGCGGCCGGGGGCCAGCAGCACCGUGCCGGUGAGCCAGCCCGGCCGGCAGACCUCCACUUAGCUGCCCGGCAGGCGUCAGGGAGGGCGAGCGAGGAGGGGGAUUUUUUUUCCUUCUACUUUUUUUUUUUCUUUUUUUUUUUUUUUCGCCUGCCUUGCAGUACGUGCCUGGAUAGUUUGUGGAUAUAAUUACUGACUGGAAUCUGGGCUUUUGCAGUUGUGCGUGGGGGGGAGAGAGGAGAAAAGAAAGCAUCCCCCCCCCUCCGCCGACCCUCCCUGCUCCCCCCCACACAUUUUUUUUUCCUCCCCCUUUGCUGGUGGUUCGGACAUUUAAUGUAUUGAAUGAACUGGAAUUGCUUUCCGUGUGAGGAGGAUGGUUGCUGUUACUUUGUGAUGAGAUCGGGAAUGAAUUGCUCGGUUUAAAAAUGCUGCUUUGGAUUCUGUUGCUGGAGACGUCUCUUUGUUUUGCUGCUGGAAACGUUACAGGGGACGUUUGCAAAGAGAAGAUCUGUGCCUGCAACGAGAUAGAAGGGGAUUUGCACGUAGACUGUGAGAAAAAGGGAUUUACCAGCCUGCAACAUUUCACCGCCCCAACUUCCCAAUUUUACCAUUUAUUCCUGCAUGGCAAUUCCCUGACUCGACUUUUCCCUAAUGAGUUUGCUAACUUUUACAAUGCGGUCAGUUUGCACAUGGAAAACAACGGUUUGCAUGAGAUUGUUCCUGGGGCUUUCCUUGGGCUGCAGCUGGUGAAACGCUUGCACAUAAACAACAACAAGAUCAAAUCGUUCAGGAAGCAGACUUUCCUGGGGCUGGACGAUCUGGAAUACCUCCAGGCAGAUUUUAAUCUGUUGCGGGAUAUUGACCCGGGAGCAUUUAGGGACUUAAACAAGCUAGAGGUGCUGAUUUUAAAUGACAAUCUCAUCAGCACCUUGCCCCCCAACGUGUUUCAGUAUGUGCCGAUCACCCACCUCGACCUCCGGGGAAACCGUCUUAAAACCUUGCCUUACGAGGAGGUCCUGGAGCAGAUCCCAGGCAUUGCUGAAAUCCUGCUAGAGGAUAACCCCUGGGACUGCACUUGCGAUCUGCUGUCGUUGAAAGAAUGGCUGGAAAACAUACCUAAAAACGCUUUGAUCGGCAGAGUGAUUUGUGAAGCUCCCACUAGGUUGCAGGGCAAAGAUUUAAAUGAGACCACAGAGCAGGAGCUGUGUAAAAAGAACAGAGUAGAUUCCAGCCUAGCUGCUCCCCCUGCUGAAGAAGAAACCUGCGAUCCUGGUCCCAUUCCAACCCCCUUUAAAAUACAUGGCAAAGAAGACCCCGCCACACCAGGAUCUGCUCCAAACGGAGGUACAAAGAUUCCCGUCAACUGGCAAAUCAAGACCAAACCCACUGCUGCCGUGUCGACAGUGAGUGCGAAGAGCAAACUACCAGCCACCUUUUCCUGCCCGCACAUCUGCAGCUGUGAUCAGAUCCCUGGCUCAGGUUUAAAGGUUAAUUGCAAUGAUAGGAAUGUGAGCAGCUUGGUGGAUUUGAAGCCCAAGCCCUCCAACGUGCAGGAGCUGUUUCUGAGAGACAACAAAAUACACACCAUCAGGAAAUCCCACUUUCUGGAUUACCGAAAACUUAAUUUACUCGAUCUGGGCAACAACAACAUUGCCACCGUUGAGAACAACACCUUCAAGAACCUCUUUGAUCUACGAUGGCUCUACAUGGAUAGCAAUUACUUAGACACCCUGUCCCGGGAGAAAUUCGCUGGGCUGCAAAACCUGGAGUAUCUGAACGUGGAGUUUAAUGGGAUCCAGAUGAUUAUGCCUGGCACCUUCAAUGCGAUGCCCAAACUGAGAGUCCUCAUUCUCAACAACAAUCUGCUGAGGUCUCUCCCAGUAGACGUGUUUGCCGGGGUCUCGCUUUCCAAGCUGAGCAUACACAACAAUUAUUUCAUGUACCUCCCGGUGGCAGGGGUGCUGGACCAGCUCACCUCCAUCACCCAGAUCGACCUGCACGGCAAUCCAUGGGACUGUACGUGCCCUAUCGUGCCUUUCAAACAGUGGGCAGAGAUGCUGCGCCCCAAGGUGAUUAUGAGUGACCUGAGGUGUGAGUCCCCUGAAGAUUUCUUCAAGGAGGAUUUCGAGUCUCUCUCCAACGAUGUGAUUUGCCCUCAGUUAAAAAUCUCUCCCACAUUAACUUCUACUAACAAAAACAGCACCGGCUUGACAGAGACAGGUACUCACUCCAACUCCUACUUGGAGACCAGCCGGGUCUCUAUUUCGGUGCUAGUGCCAGGGCUUCUGCUGGUUUUUGUGACCUCUGCCUUCACAGUGGUUGGCAUGCUGGUUUUCAUCCUGAGGAACAGAAAGCGGUCCAAGAGGAGGGAUGCCAACUCCUCUGCAUCUGAAAUCAACUCCUUGCAGACGGUCUGCGACUCGUCCUACUGGCACAACGGGCCCUACAGCGCCGACGGGGCCCACAGGGUGUACGACUGCGGCUCCCACUCCCUGUCGGACUGAGGCUGCGGGAGGGGCGGGGGCAGCCGCCACCCGGGACCGGCCCUUCCCGCGCCGGCCGGGGACAGCUCUGCACCUCCGCUGCUACCUUUUGUGAGAAGCGAAACACACAGACACAUGCACGCCCUUCCUCACGACCCCGAUAGCAAGCGCCGAGGCCCAGUGGGCGGCGCGGGGAGCCCAGCGCCGGAGCCCAUCCCUGCAGCGCUGCGCAGCCCAGCGCGGUGCGCGCAUCCCCCGCCCGUGCGCGGCCGGAGCAGCGACAGACAGACGCGGAACAGCUUCUUUCGGCUCCGGCAGGGCGAAACACGGCUCCUGGUUUUGUUGGGCUUUUGUUCAAUUGUGUUGGGGUUUGAUUCGCUUUUUUGCCCUCUUCCCUUGUGGACCGACCCCUUUGCAAGAGGCCGGGAAGAUGAGGGGAGCAGAGGACUGGCGUUGGCCUCCUCCUGACGGCAAAGCAGGAGUGGAAAGUUGCACGAAGGCAUGAAUGUAAUGUAAAUAAAUGACUCCGACUCCGAAACAAACAGACAAAUGGACAAAAAAAAAAAAAAAAAAAAAAGUGCUGCAUGGCUCGCAUGGAUACAACGCAUCCCAGGGACGCUCCAGCCCCCGACUGGAAGCAGCGUCUAGUUCACACCAUCAUCCCUCUUACCUGAUAAGUCCCUUCGUAUCAAACCUUCUAUAUACAAAAUACAGUAUAAUAAUAAAAAGUGCCAUUUCGCCAGUUUUUUUUUUUUUUUUGUGUGUGAUCAAUAGGCAGUAGAGAUCGUACUUUUAAUGUGGAAAAAAAUUGUAAAGAUUUUAUUUAAGACAUAGUUGCAUGAAUAUUCUCAUUGGAUUUUUUUAAAAUUUUCAUUUUUAUUUUUAUGUCUAGGUGGGAAUUACUUUGCUGGGAGAUAUUUGCUUUGUUGAUAAUGGGUUGUGUUUCAUUUCUUCAGGGGAGGUGGGGAGGAUUUGUUUUCUCUCUCUUCUUUUUCAAUAUACAUAAUCAGUAUUGCCUUUCCAUCUGAAUGUAAAAAUUAGUACCCUUGAUUUCUAUUAUGGUAACAGUGUAAACAUACAAAAAAAAAUCCAAGGCAGUUAAGCAUGACCAAUUAAUGUCACUCUAGCGCUUAGGCUGCAAAGUUUAAUGGUAGAAAAUUCUGUGCUGUUGUAAAUCUUACUAUAACUUGAGGAAAACAGAACAGAGGAAGCAAGUGAAACUUACUAAUUCUAUUCGAGGAUUUUAUAAUGGCAUAUUUUUUCAGUAUUAAAGUGAAAAUGUUUUCAA